CUCGUUUCGAAACAAGGUAUUUCCGGUUGUGUAAAUAAAAAUAGAGGAAUUUUAUUUUCUAAACUGCAAGACGGAAGACACAGGUGACCAUUUGGAAGACAAGAAUUUGAAAUUGUGUGUAUUACCUGAGGCUUGGAUACAGAACAUGGUAGAUUGGAGAUUAAGAUAUUCAACACUUAAAUCUUCUCUGAUACUAGCUUUCACUGAACUUUACAGGAUUGUUUAAUUCACUGGAUUAACUUAACAAAAGCAUUGAUAUCCAGGUCUAAAAUUCAGUCACCUUUAGCACUCAAAUCAAAAUGAAUGAAUUCAGUUCACCCUGCACAGAUGAGCCCCUAUUGGCCAACCCUCGUGUCCAUGUUGAAGGUCGAGAGAACUAUGAGCGCAACCACAAAGCAUCCGAUUGGUUCGCUCAUAACGACUCGCCCGGUGAAGUCAAACCUGAAGCGAGGCUGCGGUCGGAAGCCGCGCGUGAGAACGCCAUGAAAAACCGUGGAUCCAUGAACGAGAACAUGCAAGGAUACGCCAACCCUGCCCCUGUAAGGAACAUCCACCCUAGGGGGGUGAAGCCAGAGGCGCAGGACAUUGCCGAGCUGAACAAGGGGGAUGGGAUGAGAAAUCUGAUUGAGAACUAUGGAAAUCUUGAGGUAUCCCCUCGACCAGCACCUAAGGUGAAGGGCUCAGAUGCUGAGGAGUACCAGCAAAGGCAACAUGGAUCUACAAAGCUACUGUUGGAUCACUACAGCACAGAGCCUAUCCCAGCAUCAGAACAGCCACCCAAGCCAAGGCUGGGGCUUGGAGCAGAGGAGAUUGCUGAUAAACAUAAAGGAGAAAGGAUGGGGCCAUUGAUGAGAUUAGAGGGCACAAAAACACCCAGAGAACCCAAGCAGGGGAGACUACACCAGGUUUCUGCUGGCAGUGGCUGGGACGAGAUCCCCCCGCAGCACCGCAUGAGGCCAGAGGGAGAAGGCAUCGCCCAGAAAAACAGCGCAGACUCCAUCAGUGAGAUCAUGCUGCAGAACAACAUGGGGGUGCCACAGAAGACAGCGCCCAAGGUGAUGAAACACAUGUCGGAGUCCCCCACCCCACGUAAACCCCCCCAAAAUCGUGUGAGGCUGGACGGAGUCAGGAACAUGGAGAGGGCAAGAAACCAGGACGAGAUGUCUGCCAUCAUGCACGGCAGUCCAGUUCAGCAGGCCAGGCCAGACAGUGGCAGGAAAGUUCUGCCCCACAUGCAGAGGUCGGAGCUGUGGUGAGAAACUGACCAGUCCAGCGGUGCUGUGUGGGGGUACACUGACCAUGGCUGUGGGGGAGCCACUACUUAACAUGUUACUCUGUUCACUUGCUUCCAUACUGCGUUAGUGUUUACCUGUUCUAUCAAACUGGAUGCCAGUUUGAUCAUUGUUUUUUAAAAGAUGGGACUUGGAGGAGAGGGGUGCUAAACAUUAUUUGUUUAUUCAUUUUUUUUAAACUGUACAUUUUACAUUCAGAUAAACCAAAUGUCCUUUUGUUUAUUUAUAAUGAGGUACCAGUAAUUUUUAGCAAUAAUAUAAUGUAAUGCGUGCUACUUAAAUUCUACAGCAGUUAACUUACUUGUUUUUUCAAGUAAGAUUUAUUUCUCCAUAUCUUUCUUUACCGAAAGGGUUCGUAACAGCCGAAAUAUUGAUUGAAAUAGUUUAAAAACACUGCCAACACUUUAUAUCAGAAACGCUCUGUGUUGUGAUUGUUGUACAAAUGUACCUGAUAUGCAACCCAGUAUUUAGAAAAAAAAGUACAGUUCAAGCUUACUGUAAUGUGAUACUAUCUGUAUCAAAUGUGCGCAUGCAAAAAGUUUAUUCAGUAAAUUGUUGUGACCAUUAAGAUCUGAUAACUGUGGCUGACACUGGACAGUAUUCAUUUAAUAGACUUCCCUGUUUUAAAACCUCUUUCUGCUGAGUGUUGAAUAUUUGUUUCGCUGGAAUCUUCAAGUUUUUUAACAUAACUCUUUGUUACAGUAAAUGUUUGUUGAACAUGACAUGUAAAUAUUGUGUUGAUUUGUUUGUGCAGAGGAAGUUUAGGUCUUUUGAUGGAAUAGUAUAGCACAUUUUUGGUGCAGAAAUCUGGCCAUCAUUUUUAUCAUUGUUUUUUCUUAUCUUUUAUAUUAACUGGGUAAAAACUUGGACUAUUUUUAAUGAUUUUACCAAAUACAAAUUAAGAAAUCUACUUAAAACUUAUGAUCACUAUAUAUAAUUAAUCAAAAAAUAUUUUAGUAAAAAAAUGUCUUUUAACAAUUAAUCAAAAAUGUUUAUGUUUUAAAAUAGAUUUUAAAACUUUAUUUUAACCAUCCCAUUAUUUCUGUUUACUCGUAACAUUUGUAACAACGCCACUGUUAUACAUAUGGGAAUCGUAACACUACUUUGUUGUCACUCAUGCUCAAGCUUAGGGUGCCUUGUUGUUGUUGAUUCCAUUCUUAAAACUUACAAUGAAGGCAUGUGAAAUAUACACUGUAACUCUUCAUUUUAAAAACUUUAAUACUUAAAUUUUUUUAAAUACUUUAGUAGGCUUGUUCAUGUAUGACACUAUUACUUCUAUUUAGUUAUUUGGUGUACAUGAUGGGAGGUAACUAGAUAGUUACAAUUAACUUCCAUAAAAUUUUUGAUAUAAAAAAUGGUCGGUGCCCUUAAAAUAAUCCUAAAUGUAAUAUUUACAGAAAUAACAUUCGAUGAACAUAUUUUUAUGUUUUUAGAAAUGGAGGUAAUUAAAAUUUGAAUGAAGUAACUUAAGGAAAACUAACAGCACACUAACAAUCUCUUAACAUUGGGGCAGCAUCAUCUGACUUGUACCCCCACAGGUAUAUUCCACAGUUUUGGUUGUGAACUAACCCUAGUUGUUUUUUUACUGCAACUUUUUAAUCGUUUCCUGCAUUGUAUUAAAACAUCAAAUUUUAAAUUUUCUCACAAACAGGUAUGUGAGUUAUCUUGGAUUUUUUCCUGUGUACCUGUAUUAAAAUAUAUAACAAUAUGCCUUUUAAAUUUCCAAUUGGUUUGGCUGAGGUGUAUAGACAUUGGCUGUUUUUGUCUGUUAUCAUAGAGGUUUGUCCUCUGGUAUGCUUUUCUUGCCUUAUUUCACAUUUUAUUCAAGGAGCCUGUAUUUUGCUGUUUUCCUUUUUUUAAAAAAAAGUUUUUAAAAAAUUUGGCAUGAAUCAUUUUAGUGUGUUUAAAAACUUGAUGCCAAAAUUGGUUGUGUCAAAUACAUUCUAUUUUAUUUUUUGUACCCUGUAUACUUAUGUUUUGUGUCUAGCUCUUUUAAGUUUAGAGGUACAUAUCAGUUUUAACUUCUCACCUAAUAUAAAUCUCGUUUUUUAAAAUAACUUUUUUAGCAUUUUAUUAUUUUAACAAACGUAUUUAUAGAAUAUACUGCAAAUGGUUUUGUUCUGUUUUUAAUGCAAAGCCUUUCUAUAAUUUAUCUUUAUCUUUAGUAACAGUUGAUGCAAAUCUGUUUUUACCCUAAGUAUUGAUAAACACUUAGCUUUUUUCAAAAUACUAAUAACACUAUGAAGCUUAUUUAUUUAAAAAUAUUUUUUACAAAAAUAAAAUUGUCCCCAUGAUUAACACCAUAUUUAUGUACAAUCAACAAAAGAUUGUAAAUGAUUUUUUUAUUGAUGUUAGCAAGAUGUAUGCACUCUAACUUCUGGUGCCUCAGCCAGCUUCUCUAUGCAUUCCUUUCACAAGUUAAAAUAACUUUUUAUUUUAAUCAUGAUCUGAAACUGUACAUUUUACCAAGCAAAGAAAGAUUUAUAAAGUGAAGAACACUUUUUACCAAGUGAACUACUACUUUUUACCCAGUAAAAUUUUUUUUUUUACCCAGUGAGGAAAUAUUUUUAUCUAAUGAAGUUAAUUUCUUUUACUAAGUGAAAAUAUAUUUUUUCAAUCUAGUGGAGAAAUAUGUGUGUGCUAAUUUAACCGGUCAGAACUAGAAAAUGUCCAUUUUUUUGUAUAAUAUUUAUUUUUGUUUAUAAUAGUCAUCAAAAUGUGUAUAUAGAAUGGAACUUAGUAGGAUGUAAGUAUUUGGACAGUCUACAGCUUUAUUAUAAUUACAUUUGUAUACAGCCUCAUGGGGCUAGCCAAGCUUCAUGUUUUAAUAUUCUUGACUGCUGUUUAUAUUCUUAUCUGUUUAUAAUCAAAAAGAUUUAUUUGUUGUAUUUUUUUUUUUAAAUUUGGCUAUUUUGUAUCUCAUUUAUUAAAAUAAAAAUAGUCCACUUUAAAUUAGAGUUGAAAUAGAUUGGUAAUGUUAAGUUUUGUACUCUCCCUAUUAAAAUUCAUAUUCUGUUAAA